GGAAAACUGAAAUUGUGGCCGCUAAAGGCAGACCUCUGCGUAGCUGUAGAAUAGGUGCUAACCCUGUUUAUGCAGAUGAAUCACCAAAAACCAAACGACAGUCAAGGAAGCCACUCACAAAGAAUACGCUGCCUGUAAAAAAGCAGGAAAUCAGCCCUAGUGUUCGAGAUCGGGCCUCAGCCUAUGAAUCUAUGAUCAAACAAAGCACUAGUAAAAGUCCUGUCAAAGCGUCACGUACCGGAACUAGUGGAAAUGUUGGUAAAGUGACACCAGUUGUAGUAAUGAAUGAUAAUUCUAAAAAGAGUAUUGUGGACAGAAACUCAGCAUUACAAGGUUUAAACUUAAAAAAUUCCCCCACGCCAGCAAGGGAAAAUGAUCAUGCAGUUCAGAAAGAAAAUAUUAUCAGCAAGACAGUAAGUAUUGCUUCUUAUCAAUUUUGGCAUUUUGUAAAAAUAAAACAAGUGCCUGCAUGUUUGCAAUCUUUAAAAAGAAAAUUUAAAUAAUAAAGAAUGAUGGAAUCUCUAAAUUUGACACAUGUAUCCACUAUUUGGCUGGUAAGUGAAUGUUUUAAGUUAAGAAAGAGAUUAGAUGCUUUAUAUACCAUACAAUCCACAUCAGUUGUGGGGUUCGACAAAUCAGUGAUUGUGAUAAAUAUACCCGUAAUCCAACUCAUUGUCAAGGGUAUGAGAAUCACUGUUGUUAGUAUGAACGCUGUGGGUCCGUGAGUUGUUUGUAUCAUGGGUGUUAAUAUUGUGUCUGAAUGAUCAUUGGACGACAGGAAUAGAAUAAUAAACAAGUGUGUGGAUAUAAGGCGUGAGAUAGGGAGUGUGAAAGUGAGAGAGUUGAUAUAGUCAUGAGACGUUCGAGAGUGAUAGCUGCUAUGUUAUAGAUUGACUGUAAAGUACUUAUGAGGUACUGUUACCUGGGGAAUCUGCAUGACAGAUAUACAUUAUUCAGAAAACCCUAGUCAUUCAUUAAGUAUUUGUGUUCCAAUAUUUGAUGUGCCCGGGUAUACAUUGAUGAAAAGUGCUGCAUACUACCAUAGACAAACGUUGCUAGAAAAUACUCAAAGAUUCUCCACUAGAGUAAUAGAGUACUUUAACACUCUGUUAGUAUUAUAUAGUGAUUUGUUUUUGAAGUUGUAGCUCUCCAAUUUUUAUUCAGACUCUUGUAAUCUGACAAGAUUUCCAAUUGACACUUCCCUGUCCAAAGCACAUUAAAUUGCAGAGGCAUAAUUAUAAAAACUGCUAAAUGGCUUUUUAUUGUUAAUAUCAGUUUUAAUUAGAAAUAAUUAUAACAUAGGUAUUAUCAGCAUUAAUUUGAAGAAAACUUGUUUUAAUAUGUAAACCUGAUAUAAAAAUGUUAAUGUGUUUCACAGCUCACAGAAGUAGUUGAACCCAAACAGGGUAGAACGCGGUUACGAUUGAAAAAGAAUAAAGAGGUGGGGAUUUCUUGAUAAUAAUAAAAAUCAUAUUAAGUAUAACUUAGUAGCAGUAAUUUGAGUUAUGUAUAUAUUUUUUUUUUUUAAUUACUUCAAAAAUAAUUGCUUGCUUUGGGAUUUAAGUUUUUAAAUAAUUGUGUUGAGGGGUUUUCUGUUUUGAAACUGUGACCUAUGUCUGUUUAUAAAAAUUAUAAAUCAAAAUCUGGUCUAAUGUUCUUUGGAGACUGUUAAACCCAAGCAACAUAUCUACUAAUACUAAGUGCUAUUAUCAUGCUAUUUAGAGCUUAAGUUGUACAAAGAAAUAAAAAGAAAUGCAAGUUAAUUGUUUUUACUUGAUUGCCCUUGGAAUGUUUAAAAUUUAGUUUAGGGGAAAGAAAUGUUAAGUUAAUGUAAGAUAACUUUUUAAAAAUUUCAUCGCCUGCAUUAUUAGGAAAUAAAUUAUUGUUUUUUUCUGUCUUUCAUUUAUUAUAGCCUGAAGAAGAAGUCAUCCGAACAGAGACUGAUUUUGUCCUUGCUGAUAACAGCAGUAUUGUUAAGAAACACCUCCAUGUCAAACAAAGUCCAAAACAAGAAACAAUCACCGCUUCACUUGAUGAGACACAAAUUGUUGUCACUGAAGUUUUUGAAAUUCAAAGCAAUGACAAACCAGCAAGGCUGAAAGAUUAUGAGAUGACGAAGGUGAAAACUACACCUGUAUUGCUACAGUCUCAUAUCAAAAAUGCUGUUCCUGACUGCAGGAGUGAAAACCUGACAAAAUCUAAGUUAGUUUGUGAUAAAGAUUCUAAGGAUCAACACAUUAGGGAACCUAACAACAACAAAAAAGCUAUUCUAGAUGAAACUCAGAUUGUAGUCACAGAAGUGUAUGAACUUUUUGACAGCAAAACUGAGCCAACCCGUCUUAAAGAGUUUGAGAUGGUUAAAGUAAAGACAAUGCCCAUAAAUGACAUAGUGCAAUCACAGACGCACUAUCCUGUAACUAAAAACAAUAUUGAUCCUACUGGCUCUUCUAGUGAUCAGGGUUUUAAUGAUGAAGAAAGUUCCUGUGAAAGUGAUGGGGCUAAGUUAAAUAUGAAAAAUGAUGAGACAUUUAGUAAAGAUGAGUCUAAUGUAGAUAGUGAAACAGGCAGAACAACCAGAACUCGAACAAGAGCUCAGCAAGAAAAACAAAAGGCC